UCAAGCAUUUUGAACCUCGGUUGAGGCGACUCUUUCGUUAUAAUGGCUCUGAACAUAACCAACGAAGACAACGAAUACUAGCCAAUCAGAGGCAGAAUAGGGCGGGCCUUCACGGAAUGCUGGUGGGAAAAAAAUUCAGGCGACUGUUACUGCAUCGAAACGCACAGAGCGAGAUGUAUAUUACCAAUAGCUUGCUUCUAAAAGAAGAGUAAACACAACUGUUGUAUGUAUCACCUUCUGUUGACAACUGGAUUGACCAGAUGAAACAUGAUGACUGCAUUGCCAUUCCCCUGUCCUGUACAUUUCGGUGUUGUUACCACUGGAGGUGUACAUGCUCAGUUGCACAAAUACACUUUGGAGAGAAAUCUGACCAAGUUGGAAAAGCUGCUGAAGAAGGGUGUUGAUGUGGACUGUGUGAAUCAUCUUGGUCAGACCCCACUGUUCUGUGCUGCUCUGUUGGGCCAAGUGAAGAUGAUAGAGCUGCUCUUGCAUUAUGGAGCUGACCCCAACCAUCGCUGUGAGGAUUGGAGCACCCCAGUCCAUGCAGGCGUAUUUUCCUGUAACCCUUCAGUGCUGAGUGGCUUGCUAGAUGCUGGUGGAGAUCUAAGGCUCCAUGACUGGGAAGGCCGGACACCCUUUGACUGGCUCAUGGCUGCAAAGAAGGAAGACAGUGCCAGAAUGCACGACUUCCUGGAAAGCUGCAUAUUCUCCAUGCAACAUCUGCAUCAGGACCCAGCCAUGAGGAAGCUCUACUGUAGCCCAUUCCACAUCUCAACCUCCAUCUUGUUACACCCUUCAUCUUUGCUGGAUCGCAUAAAAUUAUGUGGAACUGACAUGCAGCUCAAUAAGAGGACAAACAGCAAUUCUUCCUGUACAGCAGCCCACUGUUUAGGCUUCGGAAAGGUGUGUGUAGACAAGUCAUGCCAGGCGUUGGCUGUGCCAACAUCAAUUCCACUGAUCAGAGAGAGUGAUCUGACCCAGGCUGAUGACCCUCUUUUCUCCUUCACCUGUGGCUCUUUGACCUCCAUGAACAAUUUAAGCUGGAGGGGCUCCAGGGUGACAGUAAAAACAAUGAGGGACACUCAGACAGCCUAUUUGGACCUGCUCCUCAUAGAACAAGACUACUGCAGCCAGCUGUUCCAUCCGCAGCUGCUGCAGCUGAUGGCAGUGAGUCUGUCUGAUGACCUCAAGAAGACCAGCCUGGUCUUUGAGCCAGUCAGCAUCGGCACGCUGCACAACCUGCUGCACAACAAGCAUGCAGAGUUCCCAGUGCUGCAGGACAGAUGGCUGCUGUCAGUUGUGUUGCAGGUUUGUGAGGGUCUGCAGUACCUCCACAGAGGAGACCUGGUGAUGAGGGCCCUGUCUUCCCACAGCGUAGUCCUCACAAAGCUCGCUGUAGCCAAACUAACUGGUCUAGGCUUCAUGAUCCCCAGCAGUGAAAGCCCACAUGUCAAACCCUCCAUGCACAUAGCCCUGCCCCCAAGCCUUUACAGAUGGGCUGCUCCAGAGGUCGUUAAACAGCAACCCUGCACAAAGAAGGCAGACAUCUACAGUCUGUGUGCUCUGAUCCAGGAACUCUACACAGACAGUGAACCGUGGGGCACAGUGGACCUGGACUUGAUCAAACAGGUGAUGGAUGCAGGCCAGGCCCUGGCAGUGGACAGCAUCAUUCCACAGCCUUACUAUGAUGUUGUCCUGGAAGGCCUGCAGCCACACCCACAGGACCGCACAUGCAGCCUGCAGAGCCUGUGUUACACACUACAACAGGACAUAAAGCAGAGCUUCUCCCUGGAUGGACAGCUGUGUCGUGGGAUGUGUGCUUACCCAGAACUGGGGCCUUGGUUCCAGACUAUAACACAGCAUGCCGAUGGGGAUGAACCAGUGCAUAGUGGUGGUGUUGACGAGGAACCGGAGCAGGACAGUGAGAUAUUGGAGGAGCUGGAUGACCUGUCCAAAAUCACAAUGGAGCAGCAGAUCAGCACCAUUGAGGUUAACCUCAAAGUGUCCCAGGAGCUGCUGCAGCAGGCGAAUAGGAGCCUAGACACACUGGAAAGACACCUCCAGCUGGACCACAGAGGGGAGGAUCAACUGAACUCAGUUACAGGGCUUAGAGACGCUCCUCCCUGUAUCCAUGCCUCCUCCUCUCGUGCCUUCUCUCUCUCCAUGUCCUCCACAAAUCUUUCUGGAUUUAGUACUGCUAUUGGACCUCCUUCAAAGCAAUACAGUCGCUUACUGCACAGGGGACAUCAUUGGACAAAGAACCUGGAGGCCCAGCUUUUGAGCAGAGAUUGUGAACUCUUGAGCCAGGAAGAAGUGGCUUUGUGGCUGAGUCACUACCCAGCUGAACUGCGAUAUAAGCAGGACCGGUUGCUGGAACUUUCUUCAGCUUGCUACAUGACAGACAGCCAUUCAGAGGAAGCUAUCCACAGCAUAGAGGAGCUGAGCCAGUACAGAUCAGCUCUGGACUACAGCCUUUUCAACAUCCUCUCUGAGGAGAAGCUGCAGACAUCCAGUUCACAAGAUGUCACAGUGGAGGUGUGCAGGCCAGUAGCCAGUGGAGGUCCACUGUUGGAUACUCACAACACCAAGUAUGAAAGCUCUUCAAACAACUGUGAGGGAACGGACACUGAUCCUGGUGUAAGUGGAGGACAGGCACAGUAUACACCCAACACUAUCAUGACUCAGUCAGACAUGGCUCUGCUGUCUGAACUCUCCAGCAUCACAUGCUCUCCAGCUCAGCCUCCAGAGAAACCCCACAGUAUCAGUGGACUGGCCCUACCCUGUAACAGUACCCCACAUAGCACAGAUGUACACCAGCCCCUGAUGACAGGUUUUAUUGAGGCCAAACUCCCAGACUCCCUUGCCUGCAGCUACCUAUGUUCAGUUCAUCUCAGGACUCCUCCACCUUUCAAGGUAGACUCUUCCAGCAGUCCCCAGGGCUUCAUCACAGCCAGCCAGGUAGAGGGGCUGUUCACAGAUACUGAAUCUCCCAGCCCCAGCGUCCACAGAUGCUGCAGCACUAUGGAAGGAGAGCAGAAACAAGAACAGGAAGAGGAAGGAGCAGGAGAAUCUGAGAAGGAGCAGAGUGAAGAGAGACAGGAGGAAAUGGAUGGAACUAGUCAACGUCAACUAGGGGUAUAUGUGGAGGAUGAAGAGAGGGACAGGGCUGACGAGGGACUUGAGGAAAUGGAGCAAGGAUUACAGAGGGUCAAAGAGUGCAAAGGAAAAGAAAAUAGAGAGGAGGAGGGUGAGGGAGGAAAGCAUGUUGUAGAGGGCAGUGAGGAAGAGGAGCAUAGCUGGUGUAACCCACAGAGAGAUGUGGGAUCAGAAGUGGGGAAAGAGGAGGAUGGAGAUGAUAUUGAGGACAGAAGGAAGAAAUUAAUAGGAUUAUCUGGCAAUUGUGAAGAAGUAGGAGACAACACCUUUGUUAACAUCAGUGACCUUGGUGCAGACACAGUGGCUGCAGAUCCAGAGAACAAUAUAGAGCUCAGUCCCCAUUUAUUGGAGGACACCAACAGAGCCCAUUCAACACUCGAUGAUGUGUUGCAGGGCUUCGUAGUGGAGGGCAUUAGGGAGAGCCCAGGACCAAGUAAAUGGGUCACUAUGAUGUGUCAGGUGUUUGAGGGGCAGACUGAUGAUGGAGGAGGAGACCCUGCACACAAGCUGUCGGAAAACACUGUCAAUUGUUGUGACAUCACGGUGACUGGCGGAUCUGAUCUGUGUGUUUUAGAAUGGUGAAGUUUCAUCAGUGCCACUUGAGUACAGGGGGACCAGAUUCUUCAUCAGCCAAACAAAUCAAAGGAAACUGUUGUGUUUGUGUGAAAAUGCAGAUUAGUUUUGUUAUUAGUGUUGUACUUCCAAGGAUAUUUUGUUUGUAGUGCACUGUUGCUAGUUUGCCAUUUCCAGGAAAGUUUGUGAUUCUAUCAAUUUUUAUAAUUUUACUCCAAUUUACUAAAGCCAGUGCUGUAAUCAUUUUAUACUGUAUUCACCUGGUUUAAUAAAGGUUUAAUAAUAUUAA